AUUAAACAAUUCAAUAAACUUAAUACUAGUAGUAGUAGUGGUAGUAAUGUCUACAUUGUUAUCAAAUAAUAUGAUACUAUCGGAUAUUUUUAUUGUCAAUGACGAUGACUAUGUUGCAGAUGGUGGUGGUGGUGGUGGUAACGGUAGCAGUGGUGAUAAUAAGUAUAUGGAUAUAAAUAAUAAAAACAACAACAAACAUAAUAAUAAUAAUAAUCCUAAUCCUAAUAAUAAUCCUAAACCGUUAUAUCCUAUACUAAACGAGGCCUGCAAUCGUGUAGUGAAAAUUGUCGAUAAAUGUUUAGAUAAAAAAUGGUAUAAAACAUCAACAGUGUUUACCACCGAUGAUGCUGAUGAUAAUGAUGAUCAGGUGAUGAUGAAAGUUACCACAGAUCAGGACAGUUGCUGUAAAGCUAAAGAAAGGCAAUGUUCUCAUAGAAGAAUACACCGGAUGUGUUACGAAACUUUUACGGAUGUAUUAGGAUUUGCCCAGACAUUUGACAAAUGUCAGACCCGAUUGGGACUGAAUACUAACGUCGAGUUUUGCCAAAAAUAUCAACAGCUAAACACUAUCGUCAAUCAGUCGUCAAUGUCGGGCACCUGUCGAUCAUAUAUACCCUGUUUCGACAAUCUGGACGUCGUAAUCGGGCCGUCAAAUAAAGUCGUCGAUAUUCUGGACGAUCCCGUAUUGUUUCCGCGGCCGCGGCCGUCGUCGCCGCCGUCUAAACAUCAGUCGAUGACUACUACUACUACUCCACCAUCGAUGCGCACCUGUAUGUCAACGGUAGUCAAACUAGACAACUGUCUAAUUAGAAAGUGGAAUAUAACCAAAAAUAUUGAUAAUAAUUAUAAUUAUAACGUAAUGAUUAAUAGUAAUAAUAAUAAUUUAACACAAACUAGCCGUCAAUUAUGUUGCUAUCAACGGGAGCGUAGUUGUAGUCUAAAAAAAUUGCUAAAUAAAUGUAAUCUAAGUCCUGGUGAACGUCUAGACAAUGAUCUACAACAGCAAUACUACCGGCGCUUAUAUAGAAAAUGUAAUAACAAUUUAUGCGAUCAAUUAGUUGAUAGACUUAGACAACAAAUCGAUGGUAAGGGUAGCUAUGAUGGCAAUGAUGGCGAUGAUAGUGCCUGUACUGAGUAUAUACCGUGUCUAUCAUCCAAUCCUAACGGUGAUCCCAGUCCUCGUCGACGUCAUCAACUGGCAAUGAUGUACUCAUCAUCAUCAGCGACGACGACUGGUAUAUCAUCACCACAUCAUCAUCAGCUGAUGGACAGUCAUAUAAUUAUUAUUAGUAGAUAUUUAUUAUUAUAUCCGAUAAUUUCCUAA